UGCAACCUCACCUCUUCUCUUACUCCCUUCGAAACUUGCAACCACAACCAAUGCCUCCAACUUAACUGCAUCACCCCACAUUAACUCUCAAAAUGUCAACAAUAGCCUCCCCGCGCGACUCCUCCGUAACAGGGCGUCGAAUCCCCUUAAUCUCAACCCCAACAUCCUCCUCCCGGCCCUCCCUCGAGCUCCCCCGCUCCGUCGACAACUCACCCAACCCCUCCGGAACCCCCUCCACGCUCCCUCCCAAACGCAACCGCGCCGCCCUGCGCGAAUACUACAAUCUGAAAAAGAACGCCGCGCCCUCCUCUUCCAUCAUCCCGGAAGUCGACGCGGCAUCAGAAACCUCGUCCAUCCACUCCUACGCCUUCUCCGACGUCGCGGAAUCGGAGCUCGAUAAAGAGGGUUUUGACGCUGAAGCAUACGUCAAGAAAGUGCUGCGGGAGAAGGAUCUGAAGGAGUUGCUGGUCACGUAUGGAGGUGUGUUAAGGGAGAUUGGCGCCCUGGAGGCGGAGAAGAAGGCGUUGGUUUAUGAUAAUUAUAGUAAGUUGAUUAGUGCGACGGAGAUGAUUGGGAGGCUGAGGGGGGGUAUGGAUCCGUUGGAUCCGAUGGCUAGGACGUUGGAUCCGGCUGUGGAGGGGAUCUUUCGGAGGGCGGAGGAGAUUAGGGAGGGGAUGAGGAGGGGGUUGCCGGAGGGGAUGGGGAAGGAGGUUUCAAGAGAGGAUCGUGAGGUUGAGGGUAGGCGGAAGAAGACGAGGGAUGUUGUGGUGAGGGUUUUGGAGACGCCGGAGAGGGUUCGGAUACUGGUUGCGGAUGGGAAGGUUGAUGAGGCGAGGAGGGUGUGGGAACCGGCGUUGAAGCUUCUACAGAGGUGGAAGGAGAGGGGAGUUGGUGGAGUAGAUGUUGUGGAUUGUAUUGAGGAUGGGGAAGCGGCGUUGAGGGGUGAGCCGGCUGAUGAGAAGAGCUGGGUCAAUGUGCGGAACGAGAAUAGAGAUCUGAAUUCAUGAUACCCCUUACGCCAAUGCAUUUUCAGUCAAGAUAUUACAGUCUUGUUCUUGGUACUUUUUAUUCUUAAUUGGUUAACCGAUGGUAACCACCGG